CAUUAUUUUUAUUUACUGCGUCUCGAUCAAGUCUUCCUCCGAUUUCUACCUUCGCUCGCUUGAUUCGUCUUUCUCUCGAUCUCUCGCGAUCUGUUAAGCUCCGAUCGGUAUGCGGAGAACUCGACGGCCUCCGAGCUCGUCGAUCGCAGUUGCUCGCCUUUGCCUUGUCUUGCACGUCUUGGUUUGCUCAAUUCCUGGUUUGUUACCUUUUGUUCAUCUUAAACAAAUUUUGGCGGAGAAGGUGGGGGCUUAUUGGGAAGGAAUUUUUUCAUCAAGGAUUGUGAGCUUAGGUUCUAUUGCGAUAUUCACUACUCAUGAGUGGUUUCCUACCAAACCAAUUGUCUACUUUCGCUGUCAAGGAGAAAAUAAGACCUACUUGCCUGAUGUAAAGCAAAAAGACAUUUUGUACACUUUCAAUGGGGAUGAAUCUUGGCAGCCCCUUACAGAACUUCCAGAGAAGAAAUGUAAAAGGUGUGGCGUUUACGAAGAGGACACAUAUACAUCUGAUGAUGUAUACGAUGAGUGGGAGCUGUGUGCUGGAAAUUUCGUCAAUGGAAAAUAUUUGCACUCCAAAGACAAUCAAUUCAACGCUUCAUUCAUAUGCCCUGAGUGCACUACAUCUGAUGUUACUACCAGCGACGCCACCGAGUCGAAGAAUGAGGCCUCCGGCCAAACGAGAAGGAAAAUAGCCAUGAUCGUAGCGGCAUGCACAUUGGCUGCUGCCGUAACUGGUGCUGCUGCGGUGAUGGUGUACAGAUGGUGGAGAAAGAGAAAGAGGGAGCAGGAGCAGGCACGCUUUCUCAAGCUCUUCGAAGAGGACGAUGACAUUGAAGAUGAACUCGGUCUAGAACUUUGAUUUAUUAUUAUUUUUUCAUUUUGUUCUUUUUAAUGUACGAAGGCCAUAAACUUACUUUUGAUUUUUAGUCACUUGUAAUUAAAGGAAAUAGAAGCAUAGCGUUCAACUUUUUAUGGGAAAGUUUUGGGACUUUCGUUCCAAUGGUAAACUAAUAAAUUAAAUCAGUAUUUGACUCA